UCACGCCGCACCGUUGGCACCCCCAAAUGUCGUUUCCCAAAUGUCGCCCUAUCCUAACCUCUCAAAUAUCGAGUGCUUAUUAAUAAGAAAUUCCAUCAUUUUUCGAACUUCCCGUGGCAUUCAUACCGAAAAUGGCCGAAAUGUCGCCCUCCUCGCAUGAACACGAACUCUCCAACGUGAAGAAACUCCUCUGGGGCGACGACAUCAAACCUGACAUAUUUAGGCGCUGGUCCCAAGGCUUCUACUUCAGUAGCAGCGAACCCACAGCCUUGGAGCAAUCCGAAGGCGGCCCCUGCGCCAUCCUAGCCCCCGUACAAGCGUUCAUUCUAAAAAAUUUGCUACUAAAAUACAAAGAUUUAUCGUUUCGGGAGAAGGUGACCUCGGACAUGCAGAAUAUUCUCCUCGUGAAUGCGUUGAGUGAAAUUUUGGAACAGUGUCACAACCAGAAGUAUUACAUAGUGUUUUUGAAUAGUGACGUGAACGAUGUGAGUGAUGGGUUGUUUUCCAACCACCAGGAGAACGGAGUCGAGCUAGAACCGACGUUGUUCCACGAGGAUUUUAUUUUUCACGAAAAUUUGCGGAUACACACGUUCCAGAACGUCGAGGAAGUUAGGAAGUUUUAUUUGGAUAAUAUACAACUGCUGAAGUCGCAGUUUGGCAUUUUGGUGUUUUUAUACUCUGUUCUUAUGACUAGGGGUUUAGAACGCGUCCAGUCUGAUAGUUCGCACGAUAUCUCUGAGCCUUUAAUUGACGACACUUAUGGCUACGGCAGCCAGAGUUUAAUCAAUCUUAUGAUAACAGGUAGAGCGACUACUUAUGUGUGGGACCAUGAACAAGACGUCGGCGGCUUGAAAUUGAAGGGGUUGGAGAAACAGAGCCAAAUUGGGUUCAUUACAACUAUGGAGCACUUGAGGUAUUGUACAGUGGGGUCGUUUUAUAAGAAUCCCAUACACCCAGUUUGGGUGUUGGGGUCGGAUACUCAUCUAACAGUAUUAUUCAGUACAGAGAGGAGGCUCGUGAGCCCUGAAACUAAGACAGAUCAGGCCAAACGUGUCUUCAAGCAUUUUGAUCCCGAUGGGAACAACUUUAUUAGCUCGUCGCUUCUACAAGAUGUCCUCCAAGCUUUAGAUCUAGUCAGUGAAGAAGCAUAUGUAGAUAUUAUGAGGAAAAAACUGGAUCCGGAAAAUUUAGGCAUAAUUUUACUAAAUAGUUUUAUGGACGAGUUUUUUCCCAAAGAGGAUAACCCAAUGCCCGACUUGUUCUCAAUUGUGCAUUAUAACGGUUUGGCGCAGAGCAACCUCGACGGACAGAUUCGAUACAGGAUAGGCGAGUGCGUGCUCCUCGAGUCCGACCUACGAGCCAUCAGCGAGUCGAACCCGAUGCUGACCAUCCUGCAGACGAAGUGGCCAAACAUAGAGAUCCGAUGGAACGAGCUCGGGACGCCGUCUCUCAACUAACGAAGAUUUUAUUUCGCAUUUAUUCUAUUUAAUUUUUACUGUCUUAUUGUUGCAAGGAGAUACCUAAUUUAUUGUUGCUUAGUUUUGUAUUUUAAAAUUUUUAAUAAACGUACUUUUUUUAAUUUUUGUAACACUUGCACUUUAAGUUUGGCGCAUUGGACGAAGUCUUCCCGACUUAUAUUUUUGUAACUGCAGCGUCUGGAAGGUUCGUCGAGUGUUUUCAUUUGAGAGCAUUGUUAAUAUUUGUUAUGUCGAAAUGUAAAAUUGCAGAGAAUAUUGAUUAAUAAAUGAGAAGUAUUUUAGUUUU